ACCAAUUCAUCAUUCAGAGAUACCAACCUCUCCUCUUCUCUUCUCUUCUCCUCGAUCAUAGUAUAACAAACCAAGACAGUAUGAUCAGCACCAAGAAACUCAUCAAGAUGGCAAGGAAAUGGCAGCGGGUGGCCGCCAUCGGAAGAAGAAGAAGGAUUUCAAUACCAAGAGCCGAAGGAGAUGUCAGUAGUAGGAGCAGAUCAUCAUCAGUGGCCGAUAGGGGUCAUUUUGUCGUGUACACGGCGGAUCAAAGACGCUUCGCUUUUCCAAUUGCGUAUCUUAACCAUGAGAUCAUCAGAGGGCUCCUUGAGUUGUCGGAAGAAGAGUUCGGACUGCCAAGCGAUGGACCCAUUACGCUGCCGUGCGAUGCGGCAUUCAUGGAGUAUGUGGUCUCUUUAAUCCCACGCCGCACAUCCAAAGAAAUGCAGAAAGCUCUGCUGGAGUCCAUUGCAAAUAAUGGAAGAUGUUCAAUGUCUCGCUCUCUUCUUCGUCAUCAACAAAAACACUCCCAGCAAUCACUACUUUGCAGCUGCUAGCCGGAAGAAGAUCCAUACCCCGUCGAAAGUAUUGUUUGAUUGAUUCCCAAUAUAUGCAGACAACAUUUUGAAUUUUGCUUUCCCUCUGCCAUGAGACAGUAACUGAAAUUUUCUUCCGUUCAAUCCAAACGAAAAGAAAUUGAUCAUUAUUGUCGGGCCAGAUCUCGUCCUUUAAGAAUAACCCUUGAUUGGAGGUUUGUUCAUAGGGUUGGAAAGAGGUAGAAGUGUUCAAAGGGUUUUGGAUAGUUUAGAUUUGAAAGGAAGCCUAAAAAUUGUGUGUAUCUAAAUAUUGUCGUCAUUUCCAAAUUUCCAUUUCAAAAAUUUGGCAACAAUUUUGAGAAUGGAAUAGAGAAAGUGACAUGAGUCUAAAACUCAUUCUGGUUUCAAAAAUUUUAGCCCACAACCCGGAAGGGGCAAUCCAUGACCGAUGUCAACUCCAAUACUUAGGUUGUCCUCACCAUUAAAAUCAACAAGUCUUAUGUGCUAUGUACUUGAUGUGGUCCUCAAAAUACAAUAACU